AUGGAAACGAAUGUCUAUAUAUCGAUAUUCGAUACCUGGGUUAGUGAGGAAAUGACAAUGGAAGAAAUGGAUUUGCCUGAAUUAACUCCAACUACGUUUAAAGAUGCUUUGGAUUUAGUAAAUGACGGUGAGAAGGCCAUGGAUGAUUUAGAGAAAAGGCUAGACAAUAUGGAGAAAAAUAUGAAUGAUUUAUUGCAGCAACUCGAGAAGUUGGAAGAUGAAAAUAAACCUUCUGCAAGUAAGGAAGAAGCAGAAGAAAAGUGA